AACACCAUCCAAAUGAGCAUUCCCUUCCUUCCCUUUGAUUAUUCUCAGAAUGCUGGCCGCAGAUCAAGCCCAGGUUCUGAGACCUGACCUCUUGUCCCAGCUUUCUAAUGAACUCCUCAGCAUCAUCGUGAGCUUCUGCCGUCAGGAAGAUCUUCCCUCCUUGGCUCGAACAUGCCGUCGGUUGCAUAGCCAUGCAUUUCCCGCUCUUUAUCGAACAAUCACUAUCAACGGCGAAACUAGAGCCUCCGUUUUCACCAUACUAAGCUAUAAGUAUGACCUUAGGAGAAUGCUGAAGACGACUCGAAGUCUGCAUUUCUCGUCCCGAUGGUAUCGCGCGUCUCGAAACACCAGAAGGGGCUGGGGUAUGAACACGAUCGAGGAAAUGACCCGCUUACAGCACCUCUUCAUUGAAUGGGACUAUAUGGAAGAAGAUGAAGGAGCAGAGCAUCACAUAUAUCUUCCAUCUACACUUGCAGAGACGUUGAGAACUUGUACCAUCAACUUCAAAUGUUUCACCAACUGGCCUCUUGACGAAGCAGCUUGUCUCUUCGAGCAUCCGAUGCUUCGAAAGCUUGAAAUCCACUGGGCGGAGGCAAAAGGUACGGAGGGAAGUUUCCUCCGCCGGACUGGUCCAGGACACCAUUCUACGGCACUCGAAGAACUCAGCCUUAUCGAUUGUCAAUUCCACGCCAGUGACCUCUUUCGUCUCCUCUCGUUCCCCCGCGCUUUGCAAUAUCUCGACAUUUGGUCAGAUCUCAAUGACGAUGAGGUUUGGCUAGAGAUCCAGGAGAGCUGCGAGCCAUACUUCGCCGCGAUACGAGAUACGUGUGGGGAAACAUUGAAAGGACUGAGACUGGAUUUAUGGAGUCAAGGCUGGUGGGUCGUUCCAGCGCCUGGUCUGCAUGAGCUCCUCCAUCUCCAAUACCUCGAAAUCAAGCCAGAUCAUAUUGAAGCCCCGAAAGAAUGGGAAGGGCAUUUCCCUUUGCCACAGAUAGACUGCCCAAUCGACAAACUUCUGCCACCAAAUACAGAAGUGCUGAAAAUAGGACCAUACGCUUCAGCAUAUCCUGUGUUAUUGGACAUUCUCGAGCGAAAGGCGGAGCUUGUGCCUUCCCUACGUAAAAUUAUCCUCAGCGUCUAUUAUCGAGAUGAAUCUUUAGCUGCGCAGCUUACUACUGCGGUCGAAAAGGAAACCGAUACCAGAAACUAUUCCACCCGCACACUGCAGGACCAGACCCGGAUGAUUCUUGAGGAGAAGGCCACCUUCAAACCGUCGACAAAUAAGGCGACAUUCGAAUUUUUUGACGCCAUUUGCAAGCACAACAAUAUCGAGCUGGUGGUACUUUAUGAGGACCCAACGCGGAAGGAAAUAUUCAAAGAGGGUGCAGGACCGGCCCUCUGGGAGAUAGCUGAUCAAGUGAUUUGAUUGCAGAGAAAGCUUGAGUAAAGUUGAUGGAAUAUUACCUAUUGCCUCAGUGUCUGGCGAGUCGUAGCACGAAAUACAUGAUUACUGUGGCUCCCCAUUUCCAGUGAUUC